GAAUCUCUUGACGUCAUUAAUCUUUGCAUUUCCUUUUUGCUGUUCCUUUUGAGAAAUGCAAUGGGGAUUGCCGGCCGGUGAUUAAUUGAACAAACCAGUUCAUCAUCUUUUUUCUGAAAUCACAGUUUCAAUUCAGACUUUUUUCCCAUUAUGAUUACUUCUUCAUUUCAUUGUUCCUUCACAUUCUGUUUUCGCAUGCAUAUGUGGCCUUCUCCCCACUUUCUAUAGUUUCUGUUUCCAUUUCCCAUUUUCUUCCCUGCUUCUCAAUCAACCUUAGCCUUCCCGGUCCUUAGACAUUUACUAUUUUCCUUCAUUUUCUCGCUGGGUUUCUCGGAAAAUUUUCUGGGUUUUCCUUAGAAUUCUGAGGGGUUCCCUUUUUUGUGAUUUUUAUUCUUGUAAAAUUUGGUUGUUUUGGUUCUAUGGGGAAUUGUUGUAGUGACAAUGUUCCUCGUCAAUAUUCAAUGGAAAAUGAGGUGAAUGAGAAGGAAUUUGAUCCCGUAGAGGACCAUAUUUCCAUUUCCACAUAUGGUGAAGGUGAAGGGCGAGUCAGGCUAAGAGGACACUCUAGGUUUGUGUCAAUGUACAGCCAGCAGGGAAGAAAAGAAGUCAAUCAAGAUGCAAUGACAGUUUGGGAGGACUUCAAUGGAGAAAAAGAUAAGAUCUUUUGUGGUGUGUUCGAUGGUCACGGUCCUUUUGGGCAUGUGGUUGCUCGAUAUGUACGCAAACAUUUACCCUCAAAGCUUUCUGCAGCAAUCAAAAUGUCACAGCAAAAGGUCUUCAUGCAUAGAGAUGCAUAUGCUGCAGAAGGUGAAAAUCACCAAGCAUUGUCCCUUGCUUCAUGGGAGAACACCUUUUUGAAAUCCUUCAACGAGAUGGAUCAAGCCAUUGCUCGGGACAUCAACACCAACAGUUUUUACAGCGGCAGCACUGCUGUAACUGUAAUCAAACAGGGUGACCAGCUGAUAAUUGGCAAUUUAGGUGAUUCUCGAGCGGUUCUUUGCACGAGAGGGGCUAGAGAUCAACUCAUUCCUCUUCAACUUACUGUUGACUUGAAACCAGAUAUCCCAAGUGAAGCUGAAAGGAUCCGCAGCUGUGAAGGCAGGGUUUUCGCUGAGGAAGAAGAGCCUGAUGUGUACAGAAUGUGGAUGCCUGAUGAAGACUGCCCUGGACUAGCUAUGUCAAGAGCCUUUGGAGACUUUUGCUUAAAAGAUUAUGGCCUCAUCUCAUCUCCCGAUGUCUUCUAUCGAAGAUUAACCGAGCAGGAUGAAUUUGUGGUUCUGGCCACUGAUGGGGUUUGGGAUGCAUUGACAAAUGAUGAAGUUAUAGAAAUAGUUGCUUCAGCACCGAGGAGGUCCAGAGCGGCGAGAUUGUUGGUAAAGCGAGCUGUGCAGGCAUGGGAUUAUAAAUUUCCUGGUGCCAAGGUUGAUGAUUGUGCAGCCAUAUGCUUGUUUCUGAAAGAUCAGCCAGGCUUAACCAAAUCUGGGGAAAAUAGGCGUCAAAGGAAGCAUUACCAUGAAUCUGCCAGAAAUGAAGACACCAGAAGCUUAGACAGUUUAGUCUCUAAGGAUGAAUGGGUAGCUCUUAAAGGGUUAUCCAGAGCCAACUCUAUAUCUAAACUUACCGGGCUCAUUAGGGAUGUGAACAGGAGGCAUCCAUCUCAGUUUCUUGAGGGAGUUGAAGUUCACUAGUUCAGCCAUAAAUAUCCCCUCAAGACCAAGAAUUCAGUUUCAGUGAAUCUGGAGAGACCUUUCGGCAAGUCAUUAAUAGCCAAAGGUUGGACCUCUAGUUGUAUUAGAAGGUUGAAAUAGAGGGUUUGAAGAGUGUGAGUUAAACAGAUACAGCAUAAUAAUAGUGGACAAUGUCUGCAUAUUACCACUAGAGAAAAUGGGAGCAACAAUGUUACUUAAAACCAUAAUGCCUGUCUUCAAUUGUAAGACCAAUGUCAAUUAUAUAUGACCACUAUAGUUUGUAAUGCCUGUUCUGAAAGGAAGAAUAUAUGAUAUAAAUAUGAAUAACAGUUGUUUCA